AAUGCAGCCAUGAUGUGAUGCGUAUGUGUAUAUACAAGCCACUCUUCGGUUUGUAGCAGCGUGAAAACAAAGAUAGCAUAGGUUAAGAGAGUAGAAAGUGUUUGAUUUGCAUCGAAUCAAGCAAUAUCAGAAAUGGAGAAUAGUGGUGAGAGCGGAGACGAUGGUGGCCCUUUAGGAUCGACGGCGUUCUUGGGCGGAGGCGGCGUCGCGGCGUCUUACAUCGGCGUACAAUCGGACGACAUGGAAGAUGACCCUGAGAACACAGAUGACUCGAAUCACGGUACGGGGGAUCCAUUGCAAAGUCCUGGCGUUUCCACGGCUGGUGGACCUCUCCGAGAACAGGAUCGCUUCUUGCCGAUAGCGAACGUAGCAAAGAUCAUGAAACGAGCCAUCCCUGAGGCUGGGAAAAUAGCUAAGGAUGCGCGUGAAUGUGUACAAGAGUGCGUGUCGGAGUUCAUUUCAUUUAUCACGUCGGAAGCGAGUGACAGGUGUCACAUGGAGAAGCGUAAAACUAUCAAUGGUGAAGACAUUUUGUUCGCUAUGACCACGCUUGGUUUCGACAAUUACGUCGAGCCUCUGAAAGUGUAUCUGCAAAAGUAUCGUGAGGCAACGAAGGGCGAUAAUCCUCCGAGCACUGGGGCGGCUACUGGUAAUGGGAAAAUGGAAACGCAGGGUAACAUGUACGAGGAUCAGCUAUUCGCCAUCACUGCGACGGCAUCGAGCGUCACCAGUUCUGACAAUUCGGUCAUCUAUAGUUAUUCAUCCAACGAACAGAUGCAAUUCCAACUUUCCUGAUCACUGGGAAUUAAAGUGAUAUCGAUAUAACGUAAGACACACGCGUUACACGUUCUAAGAUACUCUGUGCGAUCUGUGAAAUUGGGCAUCGAUAAUCGUCGUACAGAUCCGAGAAAAGAGACGCGACUUUGCCUAGUAACAUGGGCAGCGAAAUAUUUUAAGUUUUAAUGUUAAGGCAUAAUCAUUAUAAGAUUCGAUCGAACCGAAAGGUAAAAAUAAUCUUUAUAAAGAAGCAAGAAGCUUGUAAGAAUGUGAGCGCAAAUAAACUGCAAGAGACUGUU